GCGCUCGGAUCCGCCGCGGCCCCUCCCCGCUCGGCCCCCUCCGCUCGCUCCGGAGAUCGGCCAUGUUGCCUCUCGCGCUUGUUCCGGUAUCAGGCACGAGCGUUUGAGCAAAUCGGCCGCAGUACGACACCGAUCCGCCUCCACUGAAACCCGUUUCACCACAGCCCCGAAGCCAAUCAUGGAUUUUACUACCUGACUCUGGAUGUUUGCGUUUGGACGCUAGCCCUCAGACGUUUCCUUUCAUUCAAGAACCGUUUGUCACCGGGAUCCAGUGAGUGGCGGAAGGAUCAUGUUUUGUGGAUCAUGAGGGUUUUUCGGGAUUGAUCAUUUUUUGAAACCGUCUUAGGUUUGCUAGUCCUUUGUUAUUAGCACUCACGAUUGUUUUUCUUCACAUCCGUGUUCAGUCAAGCGACGUUUGUUUCGUUUAUCCCAAACUGACGGUUGAGGUAUUUUCACCUUUUGUUGACACUUGUUUUUUGGAGGUCGGUAAAAUUGUGAUUUUUGGGCUGGCCUAACACUUAAUAUCGCUCGCAGAGAGAGACCCUUGCCUUUCCGUGUGCUCGUUCACUAUGAAUGUCAUUUUUAAGACCUGGCAGGAUAUGAAUUGUUUUUAAACUCUCGCUUAUUCGGUCUGGAAGCAAAUAUAAAUGUGAGUGAGGUCCAUGUUAGUCUCCCCGUGAAGACUUCAAAUCCUUCAUAAAUCCUCCUCAAGGACCUCCUGUUUAUUUUCAACUGGACAGUUCAAAACAAGUUUUUUUUUUCUCCACAUAUGGACUGAUGUUGGGCUUCAACUUGUUGAUCUCUGUCUGCGUGGCUAGUUCGGGCUAGCUAGCAACACUGAUUACUUCUGUCAGAACAGACGAAUAGCCUCUAACGACAAGCUUAUAAAUGCUUGUCAUCUACUGAAAACGAUUUUGAAUUUAUAUUUCCCCCCUUUGGCCCUGUUUUUGAGAACCCCCUGGGCGAAAAUGUCAACCCGACCUCAAGGAGUAGGUGUUAUAGAGAAUUCAUCCGGCCAGACCCACUCUGAUGCCAAAGGAGGAGGGCGUCCCAGUGUGUCACGUAGUCGGAAUGUGGUGCCGACUGUGGAUGAAUACCCCCACAUAGGAAAUUACAGACUGCUGAAGACCAUCGGCAAGGGCAACUUUGCCAAGGUUAAACUGGCCCGACAUGUCCUCACUUCUAAAGAGGUAGCAGUGAAAAUCAUAGACAAGACACAGCUCAACUCUUCUAGUCUUCAAAAACUCUUCCGAGAAGUGAGAAUCAUGAAGCUUCUGAAUCACCCAAACAUCGUGAAGUUAUUUGAGGUGAUCGAGACAGACAAGACGCUGUAUUUAGUCAUGGAAUAUGCCAGUGGAGGCGAGGUUUUUGAUUACCUUGUUGCUCACGGGAGGAUGAAAGAAAAGGAAGCGCGUGCCAAAUUUAGACAGAUUGUCUCAGCUGUGCAGUAUUGCCAUCAGAAGUGCAUUGUACAUCGAGAUCUUAAGGCUGAGAAUCUUUUACUGGAUGCUGACAUGAACAUAAAGAUCGCCGACUUUGGUUUCAGUAACGAGUUUACGGUGGGCAAUAAAUUGGACACGUUUUGCGGGAGCCCACCAUAUGCCGCCCCUGAACUUUUCCAGGGCAAAAAGUAUGAUGGUCCAGAGGUGGAUGUGUGGAGUCUCGGGGUCAUACUUUACACACUGGUCAGUGGCUCGCUGCCUUUUGAUGGACAGAACCUAAAGGAGCUGCGAGAGCGUGUUUUAAGAGGGAAGUAUAGGAUUCCUUUCUAUAUGUCCACAGACUGUGAGAACCUGCUGAAGAAGUUUCUAAUCCUCAAUCCUACCAAGAGGGGAAGUUUGGAGCAGCAGAUCAUGAAGGAUCGCUGGAUGAAUGUAGGUCAUGAAGAUGAUGAAUUGAAGCCUUACAUUGAGCCCCAACCUGACUACAAAGACCCCAGGAGAACAGACAUAAUGCUUCAGAUGGGUUUCAGUCAAGAGGAAAUAGAGGAAUCUCUCAUCAAACAAAAAUACAAUGAAGUCAUGGCAACCUACCUGCUGCUUGACUAUAGGAAUUCAGAGCUUGACGAGGGUGUCAACUUGUCGCUAAAGCCACGCCCAGGAAGUGACCUCACUAACAGCAAUGGCCCUUCUCCACCUCAUAUGGUACAGCGCAGUGUGUCAUCCACUCAGAAACCUGUCAGAAGAUCAACAGAUCAGGGCUCAUACUCAAAACGGCCUCAGGGAGAAAACAAGCAUGGAGUGGAGGAUUCUGGGAGGAAAGGUUCGAGUAGCUCCACCAAAGUUCCACCCAGUCCAGUUAUCUCCAGCGAACGCAAAAAGAGUUCUACACCCUCUACUAAUAGUAUCCUGUCCACGGGCACAAGCCGCAGCAGAAAUUCCCCGGUUUCUGAAAGAGCCACUCUGGGAGUGCAAAACGGCAAGGACAGCCUAAACACACCAGGGUCCCGCGCCUCCACGGCCUCGGCCGGCGCCGUGCUCUCCUCAUCCUCUUCCUCACGCACCCGCCAUCACAAGUCCCUCUCCACCUCCGCCCAUCCCUGCCCCGCAGACCUGCACUCACACCGGCCCAGUGAUCCCCCACAGAGAGCACCUGGUGCUUCCCCAUCAGCCCACAAUAUCAGCAGUGCAGCUGGGACGGACCGUACCAAUUUUCCUAGAGGGGUGCCAACCCGUAACACCUUCCACCUCGGCCAGCAGCGAGGCGCACGGGACCAACAGGGUUCUCCUUACCACGGGGCCCCCGCCUCACCUUCUCUGUCCCAUGGAAACAGCCAACAACGACGACCCGCGGCUUCCGGCAUCUUCAGCAAGUUCACCUCCAAGUUUGUGCGCAGAAAUCUGUCAUUCAGAUUCCCCAGAAGGAGCCCCUAUGAGGGAGAGGGUCGAGAGGAGGGGAUCAGAUCUAUGCUCAGCAGCGCAGAGAAGUCGGAGAAGACCAGCGUGGGGCCGGAAGACGACAACAAAGACUCCUCCUCCUCCCCUGGGGGCGGGACUCCUCCGGCCGCUCCAGUGUCCUCGCUUAAAGAGCAGGCGAAACCUCGCUCGCUCCGCUUCACCUGGAGCAUGAAGACCACGUCUUCCAUGGAGCCCGGCGAGAUGAUGAAGGAGAUUCGGAAGGUUCUCGACGCCAACAGCUGCGAGUAUGAGCUGCGUGAGCGCUACAUGCUGCUGUGCAUGGCCGGUAACCCCGCCCGUGACGACUUCGUCCAAUGGGAGAUGGAGGUGUGCAAGCUGCCCCGCCUCUCGCUUAAUGGAGUUCGCUUCAAGAGGAUAUCCGGGACAUCUAUUGCCUUCAAAAACAUCGCCUCCAAAAUCGCCAACGAGCUGAAACUGUAAGAGGAGAAAAGUUGAAAAGUAGCAUAUUAAAGAGUCUCUGAACAGGGAUGAGUGAGGAUCGUAGUGCUCAGACACAACCUGCUGGUAUGGCUGGGUACAGAGAGAGACGUAAGAUCAGAUUCAUACAAAUGGGGGGGGAGUAGCACACUGGCCCUUCAUUCCUGCUCAUUGAGGAGUUUUAGAAGAGUAAUCUCCGCAGGUUCUUGGUUCAUUGUCCUGAAAAUGUUCAAUUCAGAAAAGCGACAAAUGAAUUUUGAGCUCAUUUCGUUCUCUUUGUACACUCGCACACAAACGCACCUAUUGCCUAAUGAAACAGAUAGAGCUUAAAAAGCCAAACUUGUAAGAGGGGUGGCCCUAAGGUAUUCACAGGGUGAAAGUGGGCAGUUUAGGACAUAAGUUUGUGCCCCCUUAAGAGAGAGACACACAUCUCUCUCUCUCUCUCUUCUCUCUCUCUCUCUCUCUCUCUCUCUCUCUCUCUCUCUCUCUCUCUCUCUCUCUCUCUCUCUCUCUCUCUCUCUCUCUCUCUCUCUCUCUCUCU